CAAAGUCUUCCGGUUUGAGUUGUAAACAAAAGAAAGAAUACAAUAUGUAAACAUUUUAGUCGAAAAAUCCAAGAUGAUCACAUAUCAGAAGGUGUACACAGAUCAUGUACACUCCAGUACAUUGAUGAGCCAGUUUACACAGCUCUGGAGAAAUCGUUUAAUGUGUGAUGCAGAUAUUGUUACAGGAAAUACUGUUAUUAAGGCUCACAGAUUGGUUCUUGUAGCAUCAUGUUCUAUCUUACAGUCACAUGACAAUGUAGCAACAGGCACCGUUUUAGAGGUCACAUUGCCUAGCGACAUUCCACAAAAGGCAGUUUAUAUGUUUCUUGAAUUCUUAUACCAGGGUCACAUGAUAUUAUCUGAAGAGAAUGUUGAGGCCAUUGAGAAAAUUGCUAGACUGUUACAUGCAGGAGAUGUUUUAAAGUGUUGUUAUGAUUUUGCCAAAACAAUAAAGUCAGAAACUAACAGACAACAAGAAAAAUUUAGUUUUCAUGAAUUAGUGAGUGUAAAUCAUAUUAGAUCAACAAGUUUCAUUAAAUCUGUUUCCAUGGAUACAUCUCAAGAUGACAUCAGAGAUGAUCAGUAUUCAGGUCAAAGGUCAUCAAAAAUGGAAACUGCUUUGUCUCAACACUCUGAACAUUCAUUGCAAGGUAAAACAGCAUCAUCUGUCUCUUUUUCAUCUUCGCCGUCUGCUGUCCAAAAACAUAGAUUGAAUUUAAGUGAUCAACAAACAUCAAGUUCUUUGCGGACAAAAACAAAUUCAUCAACUGUGUCAGAUUUCUCGGACAGCAGAGACAAUUCUUCCUCACAUCAUGCACAUGGCAUUAUUGAUUUGUCUGAUGACUCUCGUCUCAAUUCACAGCCCGUUACUUCUAACCAAUCACAAGUGUCUUCUCAUCGUAGAAACAGUGAUCAGACAAGAUCAUAUUCAAAUGAACACCAAGCAGGAUCUAAUGUUAGUUCAAAGAGACGACAUAGUGAUCAGAGUAGACCAAAUUCAACAGAAACAACUCCUACAGCUAAUAAUCAAAUGGUGACGUGGGCAAGAUCACAUGAUCAAUAUUGUCGAUCGUUGUCGGAGGAAAGUCUCAACCAAAACAACCUACCAAAUGUUUCCUUGGGAAGUUACCCAGCUCCAUUUGGAUUUGCCAUGCCAGUUAUUCCUUCAACCUUAUGGAGUGAUAAAGCCAUGGUGCAGCAUUUUACAUCACAACAAAAUAUUAGAAGUUCGUCCAGUAAUAGUAUUAGUUCAUCAACUAGUUCUAAAGCUAGUACCAAUCAUCAAGGAACCAGAGUUAGUGAUUUUCCUGAUCUUCCCAUAUGUAUAGAACAAGAUGAUUCAGAUGACAAUAGGUUGGUUCUGGAUGUCAGUGAAAUAGAUUUGUCGAUGAUUAAGACAGAAAGUAUAGAAGAACCAUUGGAUCUACAUGUCAAAGGGGCCUUUCAGUUAGAAGAAAUUAACAGAAGGCCUAUGGUAUCAGAGUCUGGUAUGGUAAAAACAGAUGUCAGCAGCAAACCAGUUCAGGAGAAGCCUUCAGAGAACCAAUCAAGGCAAUACCCUGGUACCAUCCCAUACAGUGCAGCUUACCAACAAACUGUAAAUAAUGAUUAUUCAAAACAGUGGUCAGCACAGCUUCAGUCAGCCGUAGUGAAAAAGAGACCUAUGAGCAUGUCAUCAAAUGUCCGGAAAAUCAUUCAGGACCUUAAUUUAAAUAGGCGAGCGCUGGCAAGUCCAGCUUCACUUAAUUCUCUUGCUGUUGGAAAUCACAAACCUAUAAGGAUGCCCGGAAAGAAUAAUUAUAAAGUCUGUUCCUUGUGCUAUAGAAACAAAAUCAGAACAAAAUCUGGGUAUUAUGUAUACAGUUAUUAUAAAUGUUCUGUUUGUGAUGUACCUCUGUGUAUCGGUAGAAGGAAAUGUUUCUUAGAAUAUCAUAAAGAGGCAGAAGUAAAUAAAGAAAAAGACUAAAAUCGUUACAAAACUAUAUAAAGAUGUUAAAAUUCCUUUACUAAUAGAUAAGAAUUUUGUAUUUUUUCAUUUAUGAAAGACACAUCAAAUCAAAAUAAUUUUUGACAAUGAGGCAGCUGUUUCAUUUUUGUAUCUCAAAUAUUUGGUGCAGUUAUUGUUCUUGUCUCAUUACUUUUUUUCAAUUCAGUAUUUUAUUGCCAUUUAAACUUUACAGUUUGUGACUUAUCACAAAAAAUCAAAUUAAGAAAAGAACUCAAUAUGUAUAUAUAUAUACAGGUUCAAGUUAAUAUUAAAGGGUCCCCUGCCCUCAGUUCUAUUUACUUUUUGAUAAGGGAUACUACAUACCAAUGAAUUACAUUCUUUUCUUUAGGGAAUUUCUAUGUGGUACUGUACCAACUUAGUACAGUCAUUCGCUGGCUGUUCCUCCAUAUAUAUAUUUUAAAACAGUUUGAUUCUUAUUAAAUAAUUAAUACAAUUGUUUCCAUUUUUUUUUCAAUUUCAUAAUUUCUAAGUUAUCAAACAAAAACCUUCCGCUUGGCAUCGUAAGAAACAAAUACAAUCAAGUUGGUUAAAGGGAAACAACUGCAAUUUACUAACCUUUAGUGAGUUGAAAAUAAAUGUACAUGUAUUCUGAUUGGUGACACUGUAAGUUCAGAAUUUUUACAUGCAUUUAUAAUUGUGAUUGUAAACAACCUUAACAAAGGGUAGAUUUAUUAUUUUAAUUUCAAGAAAUAUUCAUCUAAUAUUCAUUGAAUAAUGAUUUCAAAAUUUUACUUUUUACAAUGACCUAUCCCGCCACAAUGUUAAAAAAAAGCAUAAAUUUCUCAAGUAAUAAUAAGGAUAAAAACUUGUGUGCUGUCUACCAAAUUGUUUCUUUUGAUUUUUUUGUGUGAUCUAUUAAUUUUUGGUAAUUUGUAUGCAGUUGCAGUGGUACAAAUAUUUUGCCAGAGGAUUUCUGUGUUCAGAAUUUAUUAUUACUUAAUAUAUAAUUAUUAAUAUAUACAUGUAGAUUAAUGAUACAUAUGUGUGAAGUUAUUUUGGUUGUGACAUUAAUUGCAGUAUUCAGUACAAAAAUCAUAUUUGUCAUGUUUUUGUCUUUUUAUUUUGUUUGAGUUCAUUAUUUGUUGAAAUAAGAAUAAGGCAUCAAAUUUUGUUAGUCACAAAUUUUAUAGUUUUAAUUGUACUUUAAGAUCAAGACUUCAUGAUAAAAUAAUCACUAUUUUGUGUUAUAUUUGCAAAUAUAUACUGCUUAAGUAACAUUAAUCAUAACCCAAAAGAAAAGAAAAAAAGGGGAAGGGGGAAUGGGUUAUGCUCUUUAUUUAAAGGGGCUCUAGCUAGGAGAUAUAUGA